AUGGCAACUGAUCACCAGAAUCCUGCAACCAAGCAAAAACAACCAGUUGCCAGUGCCUUCAAGUUGGUGAUCUACGAACAGGAAAACUUUCAAGGCCGCUGUCAUGAGCUGACUGGGCCCUGUAACAACCUCCAGGAGGCGGGCGUGGAGAAAGUGGGCUCAGUACUGGUGCAGUGUGGACCGUGGGUGGGAUUUGAGCAGCCCGGCUGUAAGGGGGAACAGUAUGUGUUUGAGAAGGGUGAGUAUCCUCGCUGGGACGCCUGGACCAACAGCAGACGCAGUGACUGCAUCGUCGCCUUCCGCCCCAUCAAAGUGGACAGCCAGGAACACAAGAUCGUCCUCUACGAGAACCCAAGCUUCACUGGGAAGAAGAUUGAGAUCAUAGACGAUGAUGUUCCCAGCUUCCAUGCUCAUGGGUACCAUGAGAAAGUCUCUUCAGUUCGUGUGCAGAGCGGCACCUGGGUGGGCUAUCAGUACCCAGGAUACAGAGGCUUCCAGUAUUUGUUUGAGAAAGGAGAGUUUAAGGAGUGUUCUGAGUUCGGGGCUGCUCUGCCUCAGAUCCAAUCGGUGAGACGCAUCCGGGACAUGCAGUAUCACCCCCGAGGAGCCUUCCAGGCCACCAGCUAAAUGCCCAUCAGUCCCGCUCAAACCCCCAGAGCUUCAGAAUCCCCACUCUUCACCCUUUGAAUGCUUCUCUUUGCCUCUUUCAAGUUGUGUCAGUGAUUCCAUUUGCUACUGCUGAGAAAUAAAUACUUGAUUUUGCGUUA